CCGGCUUCUAGGGCUUUCGUGCCUGCUUGUAUCUCAGAGGCUGCACUGAGCAUGCGGGAAGUGAGCGAGGAGCCUGCGCAGAGGCGGCGCUGUAGAGCCGCACAGGCCGGUCUCCGCGAUACAAUCUGCUGAGAGGGGGGGGUGAAGGAAAAAAACCAACUGGGUAGGUCGCUCUUUGUUUCUGGUUAGGAGGAAAACGAAGAGACUUUGCAGCCGGCGACACUUCAAACAUCAACUUCCACCACUUGUGGUACUUCCUGCAGCCACACAUUCCCAGUUCCCCCUUAGAGAUGUCCACUCCUGACCCCCCUAUGGGAGGGACACCUCGCCCUGGUCCCUCCCCAGGCCCAGGGCCAUCUCCAGGAGGCAUGAUGGGGCCAAGUCCAGGUCCCUCACCAGGCUCAGCCCACAGCAUGAUGGGGCCUAGCCCAGGACCUCCAGGAUCUGGACACCCCCAUCCUCCACAGGGACCCUCAGGAUAUCCUCAGGAUAACAUGCACCAGAUGCAUAAACCAAUGGAAGCCAUGCAUGAGAAGGGAGUGCCCGAUGACCCUCGCUAUGGCCAGAUGAAGGGCAUGGGCAUGAGACCAGGGGGACACAGUGGGAUGGGACCCCCUCCGAGCCCGAUGGAUCAACAUUCCCAAGGUUACCCCUCUCCAUUAGGAGGCUCGGAGCACGCACCUAGUCCCGUCCCAGCCAACGGCCCUCCUUCUGGUCCCAUGAUGCCUGGAGGCCCAUCUGGCCCGGGAGCAGGCCCUAUGGAGGGAAGUGGAGACUCAAAUCAGGGUAUGGGUCAACCGAAUCGUGGUGGUCCCCAAGGGCCAGGGGGCCCCCCUGUUGCAGCAGGUGGUGCAGGUGGACCCACUCCCUUCAACCAGAACCAGCUACACCAACUCAGGGCACAGAUUAUGGCCUACAAGAUGCUGGCACGCAGUCAGCCUCUACCAGAGCACCUGCAGAUGGCUGUGCAGGGAAAGAGGCCCAUGCCAGGGAUGCAGCAACAGCCAAUGCCUAAUAUGCCACCUUCUACAGGGCCCGGAGGUGGCCCGGGUGCUGGGCCGGGACCAGCUCCAGCAAAUUACAAUAGACAACAUGGUAUGGUAGGUCCCAAUAUAGCUCCUCCUGGACCUGCAGGAGUUCCUCCAGGUAUGCAAGGCCAGCCUACGAAUGGACCUCCCAAAUCAUGGCCUGAAGGACCAAUGGUGAACGCUGCUGCCCCUUCCAACCCUCCCCAGAAGUUAAUUCCACCCCAGCCCACAGGCCGACCUUCUCCUGCUCCUCCCUCAGUGCCUCCAGCAGCCUCCCCUGUUAUGCCCCCUCAGACACAGUCGCCAGGACAGCCUGCACAGCCCCCUCCCAUGAUGCUACACCAGAAGCAGAAUCGCAUAACCCCCAUCCAAAAACCUCGUGGGCUUGAUCCAGUGGAGAUCCUCCAGGAGAGAGAGUACAGGCUUCAGGCUCGUAUUUCUCACCGUAUACAGGAGCUUGAGAACCUGCCUGGCUCUCUAGCUGGUGAUCUACGCACCAAAGCCACCAUCGAGCUUAAGGCCCUUAGGCUGCUUAACUUCCAGAGACAGUUGCGCCAGGAGGUUGUUGUUUGCAUGCGUCGUGACACUGCUUUGGAAACUGCCCUUAAUGCUAAGGCCUAUAAACGCAGCAAACGGCAGUCUCUACGUGAGGCUCGUAUCACUGAGAAGCUGGAGAAACAGCAGAAGAUUGAACAAGAGCGCAAACGGCGCCAGAAACACCAGGAAUACCUCAACAGCAUCCUGCAGCAUGCCAAGGACUUUAAGGAGUAUCACCGCUCCAUCACAGCAAAGAUCCAGAAGGCCACCAAAGCUGUCGCCACCUAUCAUGCCAACACUGAGCGCGAGCAGAAGAAAGAGAAUGAACGCAUUGAAAAAGAGAGGAUGCGAAGGCUGAUGGCUGAAGAUGAAGAAGGUUAUCGUAAACUUAUCGACCAGAAGAAAGACAAGCGCCUGGCGUACCUGCUACAGCAGACAGACGAGUACGUGGCCAACCUCACUGAGUUGGUGCGCGCGCACAAGGCUGCACAAGCACUCAAAGAGAAGAAAAAGAAGAAGAAGAAGAAAAAGAAGAAGCCCGAGGCUCCAGAGGGAGCUGCUCCUGCUCUGGGACCUGACGGAGAGCCUUUAGAUGAGACUAGUCAAAUGAGUGACCUGCCAGUCAAGGUCAUCCAUGUAGACAGUGGAAAGAUCCUGACGGGUGUGGAAGCACCCAAGGCCGGGCAGCUGGAAGCCUGGCUUGAAAUGAACCCAGGAUACGAAGUAGCGCCACGCUCCGACAGUGAAGGCAGCGGUUCAGAAGAGGAAGAUGAGGAGGAGGAGGAAGAGGACGACCAGCCUCAGACGUCUUCAGCUCCAACAGAAGAGAAGAAGAAGAUCCCCGACCCCGACAGUGAAGAUGUAUCAGAAGUGGAUGUCCUGCACAUCAUUGAACACGCCAAGCAGGAUGUAGACGACGAGUACGGCAGUGCAAGUUUCAACCGCGGCCUGCAGUCCUACUAUGCAGUGGCUCACGCUGUCACUGAGAAAGUGGAUAAACAGUCCUCACUGCUGGUCAAUGGGCAGCUCAAGCAAUACCAGAUCAAAGGUCUGGAGUGGCUGGUGUCACUUUACAACAACAACUUGAAUGGCAUCCUGGCUGAUGAGAUGGGUCUAGGCAAAACGAUCCAGACUAUCGCCCUCAUCACUUACCUCAUGGAGUACAAGCGCAUCAAUGGGCCCUUCCUCAUCAUCGUACCUCUCUCAACUUUAUCAAACUGGGUGUAUGAGUUUGAUAAGUGGGCACCGUCUGUUGUGAAGGUUUCCUACAAGGGGUCUCCAGCUGCUCGACGUUCAUUCGUUCCAAUUUUACGUAGCGGAAAGUUCAACGUGCUGCUGACCACAUAUGAGUACAUUAUUAAGGAUAAGCAGGUGUUAGCAAAGAUCCGCUGGAAGUACAUGAUUGUGGAUGAAGGCCAUCGUAUGAAGAACCAUCACUGUAAGCUGACCCAAGUCUUGAACACACACUACUUGGCGCCACGACGUUUGCUGCUCACAGGAACUCCGCUGCAGAACAAGCUCCCCGAGCUCUGGGCCCUGCUCAAUUUCCUCUUGCCCACGAUCUUCAAGAGCUGCAGCACCUUCGAACAGUGGUUCAACGCCCCGUUCGCCAUGACUGGAGAGAAGGUUGACCUAAAUGAAGAAGAGACCAUCCUGAUCAUUCGACGUUUACACAAGGUGCUCCGACCUUUCUUGCUGCGGCGACUCAAGAAAGAAGUCGAGGCGCAGCUGCCAGAGAAGGUGGAGUAUGUCAUAAAGUGCGACAUGUCAGCUCUGCAGAGGGUUCUGUACAGACACAUGCAGGCCAAGGGAGUCUUGCUCACAGACGGUUCAGAAAAAGACAAGAAGGGUAAAGGUGGCACGAAGACCCUGAUGAACACUAUCAUGCAGCUGAGGAAGAUAUGCAAUCACCCCUUCAUGUUCCAGCACAUUGAGGAGUCCUUCUCGGAGCAUCUCGGUUAUUCUGGUGGAAUCAUCACAGGCCCUGACCUGUAUCGUGCCUCUGGAAAGUUUGAGCUGCUGGAUCGUAUCCUGCCCAAGCUGAGGGCCACCAACCACAAAGUGCUGCUCUUCUGUCAAAUGACCUCACUCAUGACCAUCAUGGAGGACUAUUUUGCGUACCGCAAUUUCAAGUACCUGCGUCUGGAUGGUACCACCAAAGCAGAGGAUCGUGGCAUGCUGCUGAAGACGUUCAACGACCCCGCCUCUGAGUACUUUGUGUUCUUGCUCAGCACCAGGGCUGGAGGUCUGGGCCUGAACCUGCAAUCUGCUGAUACUGUCAUCAUUUUUGACAGUGACUGGAACCCGCAUCAGGACUUGCAGGCCCAGGAUAGAGCGCACCGUAUCGGUCAGCAAAACGAGGUGCGCGUGCUGCGCCUCUGCACCGUCAACAGCGUGGAGGAAAAGAUCCUGGCAGCAGCCAAGUACAAGCUGAACGUGGACCAGAAGGUCAUCCAGGCCGGCAUGUUCGACCAGAAGUCUUCAGGCUAUGAACGUCGGGCCUUCUUACAGGCUAUUCUGGAGCACGAGGAGCAGGACGAGGUCGGGGCUCGAGGAGGCUGCCGCACUAGGGGGGCGUGGGAGGAAGACGAAGUGCCUGAUGAUGAGACCGUCAAUCAGAUGAUCGCGAGGAGCGAAGAGGAGUUUGAACAGUUCAUGCGUAUGGAUCUAGACAGACGCCGCGAGGAGGCCCGUAACCCUAAGAGGAAACCCCGUCUGAUGGAGGAGGACGACCUGCCCGGCUGGAUUUUGAAAGACGACGCUGAGGUUGAGAGGCUAACCUGCGAGGAGGAGGAGGAGAAGAUGUUUGGCAGAGGGUCGCGCCAGCGCAAGGAGGUGGACUACAGCGACUCGCUCACAGAGAAGCAGUGGCUCAAGGCCAUAGAAGAAGGCAAUCUAGAGGACAUUGAAGAGGAAGUGCGUCACAAGAAGACGACCAGAAAGCGCAAGAGAGACCGUGAUCACGACGGUGGCCCGGCCACACCCAGCUCCAGCAGCGGCCGCGGGCGGGACAAGGACGACGAUGGAAAGAAAGCAAAGAAACGGGGUCGCCCACCUGCUGAGAAGCUCUCUCCUAACCCUCCAUCUCUCACUAAGAAAAUGAGGAAGAUUGUUGACGCUGUCAUCAAAUACAAGGACGGAAAUGGCCGACAACUGAGCGAAGUCUUCAUCCAGCUCCCAUCUCGCAAAGAGCUUCCCGAGUAUUAUGAGCUCAUCCGCAAACCAGUGGACUUCAGAAAGAUCAAGGAGCGGAUCCGCAGCCACAAAUACCGCAGCCUGAACGACCUGGAGAAGGAUGUGAUGCUGCUGUGUCAGAACGCCCAGACUUUCAACCUGGAGGGCUCUUUGAUCUACGAGGACUCCAUUGUGCUCCAGUCCGUCUUCACCAGCGUGAGACAGAAGAUCGAGAAGGAGGAUGAAAGCGAGGGAGAAGAAAGCGAGGAGGAAGAGGAGGAGGUGGAUGAAGGCUCGGAGUCUGAAUGUCGUUCAGUGAAGGUCAAGAUUAAACUGGGCCGGAAAGAGAAGGGGGAGAGAGGAGGGAAAGGACAACGGCGGCGGGGCCGCGGAGCCCGGGCUAAACCCGUGGUAAGCGACGACGACAGCGAGGAGGAACAGGAAGAGGAGCGUUCAGCCAGUGGCAGCGAGGAAGACUGAAGUGAUCCGCCUCCUGAUUGGACCAACGACCCACUGAGCCCUUGACUGGACUUUAUAUAUUUUACUUAGAUACUGCAGAUUGAGUGGACAGGCCUAGUUUUACCUAGAUGAGCUGAUUUUUAGUGAGACAACUGUAUUCUCAUUAAAGCAUACCAUUAAUUAAAAAACAUAAUAAAAAAAACUAAAAUAUGAAAGCUAUGAACCCUCCACUUCCAUAUUUAAACCAUUUUCCCAUUAUGAAUAGUAGUGUGUCUCUUUGCCCUUGUUUUUCUCUUUUCUGUAAGUGGGAAAAAUGACAGAGCCUGAAUUAUUAUAGACUGACGGCCAUAAAGACAGCAAACUGUUUUUUAAGUGGUAUUAAUUUUGUCGUCUUUUACUUUUUGGGACAAGAGCGUACGUGUGAACCAGGACUCGCUGCGUUCUUUAAAAGCCCUUUUUGAAUGCAUGUCGUGCGUGUCUGUUGAAAUGCACCUGGAUGUGUCUUCAUUAUUAUCUGUGUUUAAUUUAAGACUACAAGCGGGAUCACGGUACACCCCCCCCGCCCUGCAGACCCUUCCUGUCAGGCUGUUUGUAUUGGGGGAGGGAGGGAUUGGACCAUUUUUCUCGUGUCUGUGGCACUGGAUUCCAAAAAAAGUACAAUAAAGGCAUCUCAUAAUUA